GUUGACGUUGUUUUGUUGACUUUGUUCAAAAGUAAAGUAGUAAACAAAUAUUUGAAAUUGAUAAUUUUAAUUAGUAUUACCCAUAUUGCCUUUCUCAAGAUACAUAAGAUUAAAAAUAUUAAAAUGUGUGGAAUUUUUUGUGAAGUCAACUUUGGAUUUUGCAAUAUGUGCACUGGUCAAAACACAGUCAAAAAUGACGACGUGAUUAUUAGUAGGGUAAAGAAUAGAGGACCUAACUCCACAAAAGAGUUACAGCUACAAGUGAGAAACGAAGAAAAUAUGCUUAAUUUCAUAGGAUCUGUACUGUGGAUGCAGGGGGUAGAGCUGUGUCCACAGCCCCUUGAAACCAAUUCUGGCGUACUACUGUUUAAUGGUGAUAUAUUUGAUUGUACCUGGGAUAAGACUAUUUGCGACACACAGCUGAUUAUGGACAAACUUAAUGAAGCAGACAGUUGUAAGAAGCAAGUUCUGAAAGCAUUACAUACUUUAAAGGGGCCAUUCAGUUUAAUAUACUAUGACAAAAUAAAUUGUGAAUUAUAUUUUACAAGAGAUAGAAUUGGAAGGAGUAGUCUGUUGUUUCAUAAAAAUAAUGAAUCCAUAAUUAUCAGCAGUGUCUUGGGUAGACAGUAUAAAUGCAUAGAAGUUCCAGCAACAUACAUACAUGUUCUCAACCUGAAUUCAAACAGAAUUGAAUGCCAUUCUUGGGGUAAGAAUCAGAUGAAGGAGUAUAAACUGUCAAGUUGGAUCAACACCUUGCAGGAACAACAGAGCCGGCCAGAUGAGGACUUCACCAUUAGUGUUGAUGAUACACAAGAACUGGGCCAAGAAAACAUAAUCAAUGCUAUUGAAAAUGUGGCCCAAGAUAACACAUCAUGUAAGCUUACAAUAAUGAGAAAUAUUCUUAAAAUCCCAACCAUAAUGCACACGGUUGAGAAGCUAACUCAGCUACUAGAGAAAAGUGUGAAAAUUAGGCUAGAAACACAGCCUAAGAAAUGUAAGGACUGUCUGAAUAGUACCUCUAAAUGUAAUCAUUGCACAGUUGGUAUUCUCUUUUCUGGGGGAUUAGACUGCACCAUCCUGGCCUUCUUAGCAGAUAAAUAUGUUGACAAAGACCAGCCUAUUGAUCUUAUCAAUGUAGCCUUCAGCAAAGAUGAUCAUAAUGCCAAUUAUGAUGUUCCUGAUAGACUGACCGGGAAACAGUCUUUGAAAGAACUUCAGAAAAUAUGUGUAUCAAGGAAAUGGGUGUUUAGAGAAGUAAAUAUUACUAAGAAUGAGUUCCAAGAGCUUCAGAAGUCAACUAUAGCUGACCUGGUGCACCCACGACAGACAAUCCUGGACGAGAGCCUGGGCACAGCUCUUUGGUUCGCAGCCCGGGGGCGGGACGACUCUGGUGUGUCUCCUUGUAGAAUACUAUUAUUGGGGUCUGGGGCAGAUGAACUAUUUGGUGGAUACUCUCGACACAGAAAUGCAUUCAAAUACCAUGGAUGGCCAGGUUUACACAAAGAGCUGAUGUUAGACUGGCAGAGAAUCUCCUUCAGGAACCUGGCUAGGGAUAACAGAGUUAUCUGUGACCACGGCAGGCAGCCCAGAAUGCCAUAUCUUGAUGAAGACUUUACGAACCAUGUCCUGGGAUUAAAACCUUGGCUUAAAUGUUUUCCAAGUGUGCAACUUGGCCCAGGAGUUGGCGACAAGCUGAUGCUGAGGCUGGUGGCUUUCCAUCUAGGAUUGAUAGAAGUGUCAACAUUUCCAAAGAGAGCUUUACAGUUUGGAUCAAGAAUUGCUAACAAAAAGGAAAAAGGUAGUGAUGUAUCUAUGAAUUUUAUAGAUUUAUAAUAAUUAAAACAAUAUUUAAAUAA